AUGAACAAGACUGAGGCGGCAAUCUUUGCGACGGACUUCUGCUCCGUGUCUUUCAUCGUGUGUAUUCGACUACUUGAUGGGGCUGAGGGGUAUCUGCUGCUGUUGUGGGGUCAGGUGGGGGACGGAUGGGCGGCGUCCCUUAGAACAGAAGGGAAGACGGUGCCUUUCCCGCCUGAAGUCUAUGAGCUGGAGGCCAUUCUUGGGUUUGUGGAUUGUGACUGUCCCCUUUGAGGGCCAGCUGAUGGAGGGCAUUGGCAAUUUAGCGACGCUGCGGCUGCUCGUAUUAAGAGAAUGUGCGCACAAAGAACGCCGACAAGAACACAAGGAUCACAUUUCCAUGUCUCUAUUUGGGUGUCUCAGACACACAUGUACGGGAGCCUACCCGUGUCGCUUGGCAACCUGACGUCUCUCAAGGUCCUAUCCGUUGUAGGCUCAUUGCAGGAGGUCGCUUUCUCAGGACCGCUCCCCCCCGCGCGACUACAGUCCCUCUUGGGGCUCUGGAUCAUGGACACCUCAUUCGAGGGCUCGUUGGAUAAGCUCGUCAAUCUCACGCAACUCAAGUACCUUGUUCUCCGGCGGCCUGGCCUAUGGCUUUCACGUAUUCCUCCCACCCUCGGCCCCAACCUGACGUCUCUUGUGCUCAGCGAUGUCGGCCUGAGCGGCCCCUUGUCUGAUGGGUUUGGAUUGACCUGGCCGUAUCUCGUGGGGCUGGACCUGUCGUACAAUACGGUCGGUCGAGAUAUCACGGGAAAACAGGGCACUACCGUUGAUCAUCAUGGCUGACUUGCUGUUGCAGUUAUCAGGGCCGCUCCCCGCAGCGCUUGGCAACGCGACAGGUAUACAAAGAAUCGAUCCUUGCUGCCAAGGGGGGACGAAUGGAGGCUUCCAGGGCAGCCUUCCGGCUGAGUGGGGCUCACUCACAAAACUGAAACUUCUCUAUCUGAACUCAAGCAAUCUGACUGGCACCAUCCCUGAGCAGUGGGGUAGCUUAUCGUCCUUGCAGUGGCUGGAUUUGGGAGCCAAUCGGCUCUCGGGGACCUUAAAUGCUGUCGGCUCACUUCGGAAUCUCAAGGAAUUAGAUCUUCACAACAACCAGGUCCCGUCGGUGAAUUCACGCACCUGCCGCCACUGUUCUGUUCCGGCCACUUCUCUCUCACUUCUCUCUCUCCCCCUAUGUGUAUGUGUGUAUGUCAUUUCAAUGUAGUUCACAGGACAGGUGCCUGGCGGCCUUGGGGAGUGCAGGGACUUGGUGAUAUUCAACGCUUCGCAAAACCAAGUCGGUGAAGAGACGCAGAAGGAAAUGGAUGACUAUUCACAGAUGCCUUUUUGUUGCAGCUUUCGGGGCCGCUCUCCGCAGCGCUUGGCAAUGCGAUGAAUCUAGCUGAAAUCGAUCUUUGCUGCCAGACCGAUGGAGGCUUCCAGGGCAGCCUUCCUGCUGAGUGGGGCUCACUCACAAAGCUCGGAAUUCUCCUUUUCAGACGAAACAAUCUCAUCGGCGCCAUCCCUGAGCAGUGGGGUAACUUAUCGUCGUUGCAGUGGUUGGAUUUGCAAAUCAAUCGGCUCUCGCGGACCUUACAUGCCGUCGGCACUCUUCGGAAUCUCAAAGGAUUAUAUCUUAGCAACAACCAGGUCCGAUCAAUUUCUGCCCGAUCCCCGCCUUUGUACUGUCACUUCUCUCUCUCCCUCUGUGUGUGUGUGUGUGUGUGUGUCACUUCUAUGUAGUUAACAGGACAGGUGCCUGACCGCCUGGGGGAGUGCAGGGACUUGGUGAUGUUCCACGCUCCGCAAAACCAAGUCGGUGAAGAGAUGGAGGAAAAAGAUGACUAUUCACAAUGCCUUCUUGUUGCAGUUAUCAGGGCCGCUCUCCGCAGCGCUUGGCAACGCGACGGAUAUACAAGCAAUCGAUCUUUGCUGCCAAGGGGGGACGAAUGGAGGCUUCCAGGGCAGCCUUCCUGCUGAGUGGGGCUCACUCACAAAACUCGAGUUUCUCAGUUUGAGAGAAAACAAUCUUACUGGCGCCGUCCCUGAGCAGUGGGGUAACUUAUCGUCGUUGCAGUGGCUGGAUUUGGGAGCCAAUCGGCUCUCGGGGACCUUAAAUGCUGUCGGCACUCUUCGGAAUCUCAAGGAAUUAGAUCUUCGCAACAACCAGGUCCGGGCGGUGAAUUCACGCACCUGCCGCUACUCUUCUGUUCCGGCCAGUUCUCUCUCACUUCUCUCUCUCCCUCUGAGUGUGUGUGUGUGUGUGUGUAUGUGUGUGUGUUUCUGUCAUUUCGAUGUAGUUCACAGGACAGGUGCCUGACGGCCUGGGGGAGUGCAGGAACUUAGUGAUUUUCACCGCUGCGAAAAACCAAGUCGGUGAAGAGACGCAGAAGGAAAUGGAUGACUAUUCACAGAUGCCUUUUUGUUGCAGCUCUCGAGGCCGCUCCCCGCAGCGCUUGGCAACGCGAUGAAUCUAGCACAAAUUGAUCUUUGCUGCCAAGGGGGGACGAAUGGAGGCUUCCAGGGCAGCCUUCCUGCUGAGUGGGGCUCACUCAGAAAGCUCGAGUUUCUCAAUUUGAGACAAAGCAAUUUGACUGGCACCAUCCCUGAGCAGUGGGGUAACUUAUCGUCAUUGCAGUUGCUGGAUUUGAGAGCCAAUCGGCUCUCAGGGACCUUGAAUGCUGUCAGCUGGCUUCGAAAUCUCAAGGAAUUAGAUUUUAGCAACAACACGUAA